GCAACAUCUCUGAGGAUCAGAUUGUUUGCUCUACAACCCCUCUCUCUCUCUCUCAAUAUGGAUGUCAGUAGAAGCACCCGUGACCUCUCACUUUCUGUCAAUGAUUCUCCAAGUCUGCUUCACUUUCCACCUAAAACCAGUACUAACUUACAGGAUGUCAAAACUAAGGCGCGCUUUCUAUCUUGUUCUUCUUCUCCUUUUGUUUAACGUAAACCCAACACGAUGCCACACCAAAGGAUUUCGACCGAGGAAUUCAAUGGGGAAGCAAUUCGCAAGGAAUUUGACCCGAACCCAAUUCUCAGAACAGCAGUUUAUGAAGUGGGUCAAGUUUGUUGGUAAGCUCAAACACUCGGUUUUCAGAACCGCAAAGAAUAAGCUGUUCCCUUCUUACACUCUUAAUGUGGCUAAACAUCCGGGGGGCGGAGAUUUCACAUCAAUUCAGGAUGCCAUUGAUUCAUUACCAUUUAUCAACCUUGUGAGAGUGGUCAUCAAGGUCCAUGCAGGUGUUUACACGGAGAAAGUUAACAUACCACAAUUAAAAUCCUACAUAACCAUUGAAGGAGCAGGCGCAGAUAAAACAAUUGUGCAAUGGGGAGACACAGCUCAAACACCAGGACCAAGAGGGCAGCCGAUGGGAACCUACGCUUCUGCAACUUUUGCUGUGAAUUCCCCUUAUUUCUUGGCCAAGAACAUCACAUUCAAGAACACAACCCCAGUUCCAGCACCAGGGGCAAUAGGAAAGCAAGCAGUGGCAUUUAGAAUAUCAGCAGACACAGCAUCAUUCGUCGGGUGUAGAUUCUUGGGAGCACAGGACACGCUCUAUGACCAAGUGGGUAGGCACUAUUACAAGGAUUGUUACAUUGAAGGUUCUGUGGACUUCAUCUUUGGCAAUGGUCUAUCUCUUUUCGAGGGAUGUCACGUGCAUGCAAUAGCACAGAACAUGGGGGCCCUAACAGCUCAAGGGAGGAGCAGUCUUUUAGAUGACACGGGUUUCUCAUUCGUGAACUGUAAGGUCACGGGCUCAGGAGCACUCUUCCUUGGGAGGGCAUGGGGUCCUUUCUCUCGGGUUGUCUUUGCUUACACGUACAUGGACAACAUUAUCAUUCCCAAAGGCUGGUAUAACUGGGGUGACCCUAACCGUGAAAUGACUGUGUUUUAUGGGCAGUAUAAGUGCACAGGACCAGGAGCUAGCUUUGCAGGGAGAGUGUCAUGGUCUAGGGAACUUACUGAUGAGGAAGCCAAGCCUUUUAUUUCACUUAGCUUCAUUGAUGGGUCUGAAUGGAUUAAGUUGUAAUUAAUCCACAAUUUUUGUUUUGUUUUUUUAAAUUUUACAAUCAUUGAAGAAGAAUAUCAAGUAGUGGGAACCUCACCCAACAUAAAUAAUGUUUCUGGAUAUAUUAAUUAGAAAGGUCACAAUUGCAUUACAAAUCAUGAUAAA